AGUCCACAUCGCUCCAUGUCCUUCCCCUCCUCUGAGCUGCUCCCCGACUGUCACCUCUUCCCACAUGAGUUCUCCAUUGUGGUCACACUGUCCAUCUCUCACAAGGACCCACAGAGAAACGACUACAUCUUCUCUUUGAUGGACACCAACAGUUCAGACAGAGCCAGAAUCAAGAAGCAGAAGAGCAAUAUUUUUAAAACUUCCCAGACGACCACCAAAGACACCCAAGAGAGACAGGUACCCUCGCUCGACCGGGGGCCCCUCCUGCUGGGCCUGAGGUACUCCCGAAGACGCCUCCACUUCCUCUACAGAGAGCCACACGGACAGGUGAAGAGGCUGGUGUUCAGAACAGCCGGACUAGCCGACAAUCACUGGCACACUUUUGUACUAAACGUCAAAAGCAGUUCAGUGACGCUGACUGUGGACUGCAACCUUCCAGUGGAAAUUGUUCCCUCUGAGCCUUUCCCGUCAGAGCUCAACAUCCACGAAUCCAGAUUCUACGUUGGAAGUCGGGGACGAUGGAAAGGUCUUUUCUCAGGUUUGCUGAGACAGUUGGUGUUGGUCCCUGGUCGUGAUGGUGCUGCCCACAUGUGCCCCUCGCCCGAGCCCCAGCUCACGGCCCUGUCUGUGCCCCCGACUCUGCUCGACCUGCCCAACACGGGGAGAGAGGGGGAGGAAACAGGGACGAGGCAUGAGUCUGGUAUCUCUGUGGGCCUGGACCGUCCCUGCUCGGAGCACACACAGGGCCAGCUCUGGUUCAACCCUCUGAAGAAAGCUCUGUACCUGUGUGACGGCUCCCACUGGGUCACGAUGCUGCAGGAUCACCACAGACUGGACUACAUCCUGGAACACCAAAUCCUCACCACCACCUCCGAGACAAACGAUAUCGAGGUGUUCCAAGUGGCGGGUAUGGGCGUGAUGGCUGCCCUAGCUCACCGCUCCUCAGCCCCCGGGUCGACUGUGUACCUGUGGACACGAGAAGGAUUCCAGAUCUACCAGAAUAUUAGCACGCAUGGAGCUCUGGCCUGGAGACACUUCAAGAUAGGCAAGAAGUCCUACCUGGUGGUGUCCAACUUCGGAGCAGGAGGAGGAGACAGAUCAGACUUAGAACCUGAGAUAGACUUCUCGGUCAUUUACAAAUGGAGCAGGAAGAGGAGGAGGUUUGUGCGUUUACAGACGCUGCAGACACACUGUGCACGAGACUGGGAGGCCUUCACCAUCAACCAGCAACACUACCUCGCUGUGGCCAAUCACAGGAUAGGAAAUAACCACACCAUAGACAGCCUGAUCUACAAGUGGAACAGGUUAGCCAAGGCCUUUGAGCUUCACCAGCGCCUGCCCACAUCAGGAGCCUACGACUGGGAGUUCUUCAGCGUGGGGCCCUACCACUUUCUGGUGGUUGCCAACGCCUUUGAUGGGGUCACGACGUCUGUGGACUCUGUCAUCUAUGUUUGGGUCAAUGAAGCUUUCCAGGUGUUCCAGACUAUUAAGACAUACUGCGCUACAGACUGGGAAAUGUUCCAAAUCGGAGGGAGAGUCUUCCUCGUCGUAGCCAACGGGCACAGACUGGUUGGGAGUGGACAGGGCCGCUAUGCCAUCAACUCCACUAUCUACGAACUGGACCUCCACGCACGCAUGUUUGUUCGCUUCCAAGAUAUUACCACCUACAGCGCGGUGGACUGGGAGUUCUUCAGCCUGGGGGAACAAUACUUUUUGGUUGUGGCCAAUUCUUUCAGCGGAGAAACCUACUCUCUCAACAGCGUUCUGUACAGGUGGCAGGGUUAUGAAGGCUUUGUUCCUGUCCACUUCCUCCCCACUAUUGGGUGCAGUGACUGGGAGUUUUUCACCUGGAAGGGCGAGUCCUAUCUGAUGUACUCCAGUGCGAAAGCUCCUCUAUCCAAGGUUUUUAAGCUCAAGACGUAUUAA